AGGGGAGAUAAUUUGACAUUUCUCUCACAUGUGAUGUUUUGAUGCAGGGAAGAUGGACUUUGGUGCUCAUUUAGAAUUUUGCCGGGAAAAUGCCUCAAUAUUGAUAGCUUUAACUUUUAUUAUAUUAUACAUCUGUUAUUACUAUCUCUUUGUUGUCAAGAAACCACAGAUUGCUUGUAAGGACCAAAAGUUUAAAAGUUUCCUUUUAGAACACUGUCCGGUGUUGAGUAACAAAUUCAAACCAACAAUUUGGUGUUUUGAAUCCAGAGCUCAAACAAUUCUGAGGUCAUUUAUUCCGACCUCUAUCAGGAUUACAUAUGAUGCAGAAAUAAUAACUUUAUCAGAUGGAGGCCAGAUUAUUUUAGACUGGUACGAGAAUGAAAAUCCCAUGUUCCCUGACAAAGAAACCAGACCAACUAUAUUACUGCUUCCUGGUUUAACUGGUGACAGUAGUUGUAGUUACAUCCUCCAUCUUGUAUCUGAAGCAGCACAGCAUGGAUACAGAUCUGUUGUGUUUAAUCAGAGAGGAAAUGGAGGAGCAAAGCUAAAGACUCCACGGACAUAUUGUGCAGCUAACACGGAAGAUUUAGCACAUGUUGUCAAUAUAAUCAAAGGGAGAUUACCCCAGGUACCAAUAAUUGGAGUUGGUGUUUCAUUAGGAGGAAUGCAGAUGCUUAAUUAUCUGGCUAGGUCGGGUGACAAGAGUCAGUUGGAGGCUGGGAUGUGUAUCUCAGUGGCAUGGAAUGUCUUUGAGUCAGUCGAGUCACUAGAGAAACCAGGACUAAAUCUACACGUUAUCAACAGACAACUGUCAAAAACAUUAGUACAAAUGGUUCAAAGCAAUAUGGAAGUGUUUGAAAAUCAUUUUGACAACUUGGAUCAUAUAUUGAAGUCCUCCACCAUUCGUGAGUUUGACGAAAGAUUUACAUCUAAGAUUUUUGGUUAUGAUACAUGGCAGGACUACUAUAAAGAAGCAUGCUUACAUGAUAAAAUACAUGCUCUUAAAGUACCAGUGUUAGUGUUAAAUGCAGCUGAUGAUCCCUUCUCUCCCCAUCAUGCAAUUCCAGUGAAAGAAGCAGAAGAGAAUGAAAACAUUGCUAUAGUAGUAACAUCACAUGGCGGCCAUAUUGGAUUUAUGGAAGGUUUUAUACCAAGGAACAGUACGUUUAUGGAUAAACUUUUCUCACAGUAUGUUAAAGCUGUGGUUACACAUGGUCCAACACAUUUGAAACAAGAGUAAACUGUUUCAUUAGAAUUCUGGAACGAAAUUUAUGCAGAAAGGAGUAAACAUGUUACAAUGGAUCACCAAUGUGUACAGAAUAAUCUGGAUAUAAUUUUCCAAAUGAAGGAGUAUCAAUAGAAUAUAAGUUAAAUAAAUGUCACUUUCUGACAAGAACAGCAUUGGUUCUAUGACAACUACCUUAUCUAGACUCACCUGAAACAGGAACUAACCAUAAAUAUUUUACAUUUGGCUCAUUCAAAGCAGACAUGACACUGGCGGCAUUGUUUUAGAAACCCGCUAGUCAAACACAUUUCAUCUUGCGGUUUUAAUACCUAGUUUUGUUGUUAUCUAUAACGAACAAAAUCAUUAAACUGUAAUUAGUCAUUAUUCUAAACAGAUUGAAAAUUAAUUAUUAAAACCUAGCCUUUGUUCCUACCCUGUACAAUGAAACUUGUCUUAAACUCUGUACAACAGAGACUUAGUGGAGUUUUUUUU